AUGUCUACUCAUAUACAGUCUAUCCCUUUUAUAUCGGUGCUUAAAUUCUCCACACCUCGCCCGGAUUCAGAAGUACUAUGUGAAGGCGAAUAUAUUCCAAAAACCUGCCGUACAAAAAAGAGCAUAGAAACUACUGAUCGUGAUUUAACAACAAAAGCUUUUUUGCCGUUUGUAAAUAAACCUUUAAAUGUAAAGCUUUUGAAAAGUGUUUCAGUUAAAAAUUUUUCAUUUACAAUGAAGCCCAGAGGCUCUGUUUAUGACUCAUCGCGAAAUAUAAAAAAAUCGGGUGAAGCAAUGCGGAUUGAUAAAAAUAGUAUUAAUUUUAGCAUAAAGAAAAAAAUCCAAGAAUUCAAUAAUUACAAGAAAGAAAAAUCUAAUGAAAUAGAAGAGUAUAAAAGAAAAAUUAGCUCCCCCCCCUCCGUGAGUGAACAAAAAAAAUUUUGUUCACUCACGGAGGGGGUUAAUUUUUUUUUUUAAAAAAAAUUAUAUAGAAAAUAUUUUUUUUUUUCGAAAUUUAAAAAAAAUCCUAAUUCGCAAAAAUUGCAAAGCAAAUAUUAAUUUAAUUUGUAAAUUUUAUGUUUUAAAAAGCAAUUCGUUUAAAAUUAAAUAGAAUUAUCUCUAGAUUUCAUUAUACUAAUUAUCACUUAUAUAUCAAAAAUUUUUUUCUAUAAAAAAAUUUUUGUAUUAAAAAAAUUUUUGUUCACUCACGGAGGGUGGUUUUUUUGGGCAAAAAAUAGCGAUUUUUCUAAUGGUUUUGUUCACUCACGGAGGGGGGGGGAGUAAGGAAACUGAAAAGCAGAAGGAAAAUAUAAGAAAUAGAAUUAAAAACUAUGAAAAAAUUGGAAAUUUUAUUAUAAAGAUGGUAGAAGAGAAAAACAAUAAUUCUGAGGAUUUUGAUAAUAUAAUAGCAAUGAUUGAAAAAAUUAAGCCAUCCAAUAAUAAAAAGCAGCCAGAAUUCAAUGAGGUAACAGCUGAAUUGUGGGAAUUAUUUCAAAAAUUUGAAGGAUUUUUUAAAGAAAGCAAAUAG